AUGUACACAUCGGGGAGGGCAAUACCGAAGAACUUGGGUGGUGUUGGAUUUGGAGGCGCGUUUAGUCUUGGAUUUGGAUUUGGGAUUGGUCAUGUUGAUUUCGGUUUUGGCAUCUGUGGGGAUUUGUUGUUGAAGCCGUUAUCCUGCGUGUUCUUGGUCGUUGUCGGAGUCCUUGCUUGGAUUGAUUUGCCGCUUCGUCGUUAUCAUAAUCUUCCUCGAAUAAACUCUCAACCAACGCCUUCAUGGAUCCACUCGAGCAUCCACCUGUUUCUCUUCUUUGGUACUCGGCAAGCCACCUCGAAGCCCGAGAGCAGUGCGGGACAUCUUGCUUGUAUGCAGACGUUGAUAGCUUUCCUUUGCGGAGGUGUUCGAAGGCUCGGUAGAGCUUCCUCGAUGAAUAGUCUUCACUUUGGCCUUGGAUUCCGGGUCAAGUACACCGGCUACUUCGUCGAUCCCCAUCUAAUCAUCAAUACUAUCAGUAUCGAUACAAAUUGGGGAUCUGCUCAAGUCGUUGGUUUGACGGUAAUACGGGUUUGGCUGCGGAGGGAGGUAGAGGAGAAGGAGGUAGAGGAGCAGAUAUGGUAUUCGGAUCGUGACGGGAGGAGGAAUUAUGCUUGUAACAUCACCCAUUACACAAAACAACGAGGUCCUGUCCAAGUCCCAGCUCUCGUUAUUCUCUUCUCCUAUUCCGAUUAUCACCCUGGCGGCCCCAGUGCAACUCGCCCCAGCGGACUUCCCCUCCUACCGGAGCAGUCGUCGUCCGAGCAGGGACUACAACGUCCGGUGAAGUCGCGACAAUCACCGAAGUAUAGGAUUCGCUCCCUUAUUCGACUUCGAGCCAGAAUUUCUUCAUCCAUCCGGGGAAUUAUACGGACUCGGACGGGGGCCUUAACGAUUUAUGGCUACACGAACACUACCACCUUCACUUCUAAUUCCACCACACUCUUCCAUUGGCUUGCAAGUACUGCCGGGUCCGACGACGCUUCCGGCACAUUAUGGAUCCAUGAUAACUUUGGGAUGUACAUUGUCAAUGUCAUCGCUUUGAGUCAGGACGGGAGCCAGGUUUAUUUGAAGGGUAUUAUCGAAUCGCCGGAACUUAUUUUUUCGGAAGGCUAUGUAUGGUCAGAGCUAGCAAAAGUCGUUUUGAAAUCUACAACCCUCGAUGUUGCUCUAAACCCCGCAUUAUGGUCUCUGUGGGACGGCGAAGCUGACAGCAUCGAUGAUGUCUUGAACGCUGAUUACAACACUACCAGUCUCGGCGCGUCUAAUCUUGAACGGGCGGGCUAGGCGAUGGAGCUUACCGCCGCUAGUGAGGCGGCGGAAUAUUCGAUUUCUAGUGCCAUACGUAGCGAUUGGGAGGAUUGGGUGGAUGUGAGAUGUUCAGGAUGUCUUGGUGGUGGGUGCAUACGUACUUCCGAAUACACCCUCACCCACCAUACGCCCCCCUCAAAUUUCCCUCUGCAUUCAUGAUGUCUUAAUCCCCUUCCUCAGUCAUCAUUCAAGACUCGAAUGAACUGAACUGUUUCACAAAAAUAUAAUUGUGGCAGCUUAUGGUAUUGCAUCAACUACCCUUUCGCGCCGGUGUAAUCAUACUCAGUUGUUGAACGGCGGCAAUGUGUUCAAGUAAUCGUCUGCAUUAAUUCGUUAGCGAAAAGUGAGUGACCGGAUAAUACCGCCGAUGAAAGAAAUAGUAAAAAGGGGG